UCGGAAAAUCCGCCACUUCGAUGAUGGAUAGCUUUAAGGUACGUGAUAUCAUGGAGAGCUGCCAUUUCAACGUCAACCUGGCGCGCUCCAAAGUAGUGGUGUCUCUUUUUUAUGAUGGCUGGUGGUUUUCUUCCGUACCAUGAGCCUAGCAUUGUCAAAAUCCUGGUUCUUGUAUCUUUCUUCUUCUUCCUGUCCUUAGCAGAAUGGCUCUCUGCAAAGAUCAUCCGUGCGGGAAUCAUCGGCCAGAUGGCCGUUGGGAUCAUAUACGGUGUACCAUUGGCCAAUAUUCUUGAUAUGCAUUGGCAGGAGACAUUCCUCGCAUUGGGAUAUAUCGGCUUGAUAUUGAUCAUAUUCCAGGGUGGUCUCGAAGCACGACUGGAUCUACUUCGGAAGAAUUUACUGCUCAGCACGCUCGGGGCUGCCACUGGUGUCUGUUUCCCCAUUGGUCUUUCGUACCUCUUGCUUUAUCUGGGAUUUGGAUAUGGGGCGGUGGAGACGUUUAUUAUUGGGGCCGCUCUGUCUGCGACCUCUUUAGGGACCACAUUUGCUGUCAUCUCAUCGGCAUCCAAAUCAGUCGAUCUCUCCCAGACAAGAGUUGGUUCAGUCCUCGUCAGCGCUGCUGUCAUUGACGACGUUGUCGGCCUUGUGAUGGCCAGUACAAUCGGAGACCUUGGUGAGCUCUCAGGCCCCAAUUCCGGCCAUGCCAAUCUCGGCUGGAUAAUCGGUCGUCCGAUCACAGCUUCGAUUGUCAUGGCCAUUGUCACUCCGAUAGUCACGAAAUAUUUCUUCGCGCCUGUUUUCCGACGCUAUAUCGAACACGCAUUUGCUCGCUAUGAUCAUAUUUCCAAUAUCGUACUUAUGACUUUGGUCUUAUCGGCUUUCAUCAGCAUCGCUGCGUUUACAGGGACAUCGGUCCUGUUCGGCGCAUUCCUUGCAGGAACUUUCCUCACGUAUCUACCGAGCAAGCAUCCGGAGGGUCCCUUCGUGGUGAUGAGUCGGGAAGAAGGGGAGAGGGAGGCGGACAAGAGUCCCACAUUCGUGCACACAUUUGAAGCCUAUCUGCUCGAUGUGCAGAAGUACUUAAUGGAACCGCUUUUCUUUGCUAGUAUUGGAUUUGCCAUUCCAUUCGUGCAGCUGUGGACGGGAAAGCGAAUCUGGAGAGGUAUCGUUUUUACUCUUCUCAUGGUGUUUGCCAAAUUCAUCGUCGGGAUCUGGAUUCCAAUAUGGACCAGCUUCUCUCGCAGGUCAUCCAAAAAGACCCAAUAUCCAAUCGACGGGCCUGAUGAAUCAGGCCAAGAAACAGAUGGGGCUAUCACCACCACCACCAACAACAACAAGAAGAAGGAGAAUAAAGCAGAAGAGGGAAACAGCAAAAGAAAGAUGUGGACCUCCGGCUUACUUCUCGGUUCUGCAAUGGUCGCUCGCGGAGAGAUCGGCCUCUUAAUCAUCGAAAUCGGAUACAACGAGACACAAUACGUUAGCGAAGAUGGAUUCAUCACCGGAGUGUGGGCAAUCGUACUGAACACCAUCAUCGGUCCGAUCUGUGUCGGUCUCCUGGUGAAGUUCUACGGUGAGCAGAUUGCGAAGAGUAUGUGGGGGUUGCAGAAAGCAGAAGGUCUACCGGAUAGAUCGCAGCAUGAUACUAUCGUUUAGAUCGGGGGAAGGUAUAUAGUGUCGAGAAAAGCAAAGUAGCAACGUACAUAUAUGGCAUUAAGAUGAUGAUGACCAGAAAUUACGUCUUAUGAUCAAUAGAUCCUCAUCACUCAUACUACAGGGUAAUAUAAGUUACUGUUUCCUCUUUCGGG